GUAGCCUUCUCUGUUCGCCAUCAAUUCAUAGGCCAGAGCCUCGCGGCUUCAUUUCACUACAUCAAUUCGGGCCCUGACCUCGGGAUGUCCGGCUGCAUUUCUUCCCUCGAUUGUCGCCGGUAGAUACUCAUCCACAGGCCCGAAUGGAUGACAAUGACACCUCCACCUCCGUCCCAGAUUUCAGAUGGUACGGGCAACGCAAAACCCAAGUAUAAGCAUAUCAAACGACCAAGACCGAGUCUAAACUGUGCAGGCAAAUGACUAGCCCACACCACUUGUACCCUCUUCAACGAUCAGCUAACGUGAUUCAGAAUGUCGAAGGUUGAAAAUCAAAUGCGAUCGCCAAGUACCGUGCGGCAAUUGCAUCCGGCGAGGCUGUGCUCAUUUCUGCCCUCAACAAACUCUUGGUAGCUUCAAAAACAUCCGCCGCCGUGUGUUGCAGCUUGAAGAACAGGCCCAAUCGUCUGCACCAUCUCACGAUGUUACUGUUUCUCCGACUCCAGAUCAGGCCAUGAUCAAUCCCCAGAUUGUAGAUGGGACAACUGGCAUUGCUCCCACGUUGGAUGCGCCAGACCAGACGCCCGAUGUUGGCACCCUGGUGAUGAAUUCCGAUGGCAGAUCCAAGUUCAUUGGCCAGUCGGCCAGUUUCCAGUGGCUUAGAGAUGAAAUCAAUGGUUAUCUAGAGACACGCCCUCCAUCUCCAACACGCCUCCAAGCCUCUGAGGGGUUCCCCUUUCAUAUCCACCAACCUGGAGAAUUUUCUGCUCUUUGGGAGCGCCUUCCGCCCAAAGAUGAAGUGGCAUAUCUUAUCAGUUGUUUCCAGCGGCACAUUGCCUGGAACGGAUCUCCGAUCCUCGAAAGUGACCUUUCGAGCAUUCUUGACUGGCUGUACGACCUAGCUGGUACUAUCCCAGAGCAGCAAAGUAUGGCGUUCCAGCGUUUGGCCUUGGUAUACAUUGUACUUGCUCUUGGGUCAAUGUUAAACAUGGAGGUCGCCGCCGAUGAUCCUGCCUCUAGGUGCUUCUACAAGCUGUCCCAAGAAUGUCUGGUGUCCGGCAAAUUUCUCGUCCAUAACUCUCUGACUACAGUCCAGACACUGAGUCUGAUGUCCAAGUUUACCGCCUAUGCUGGGAUGAGAGAUCUCGCGUGGCAAAUACGAGGCAUGGCCAAUCGAAUCAUGUUGGCCAUGGGUCUUCACCGGGAUGGAGAAAGUUGGAACCUCUCUGAAAAAGACUUGGAGGACAGAAGACGGACGUUUUGGGAAGCUUAUAGCACCGAUGUGCUCAUUUCCAGCAAUUGGGAUAGACCCGGCGGUCUGCAUCCUGAUUUGUUCGACACCAAGUUUCCCAAAGACUUUGAUCAAGGUACAGGAUUUGAGAAGCAACGUUGUCGUAUGGCUGUCCUGGCCCAGGAGGCAUUGCAGGAGAGCCUCAAGGUUCGAUCAAAUUACGACAAAUUGCGGGAGAUCUGGCACAAGAUUCUCGACGUGGAGUCUGCGAUACCCUUUCAAUUACGGAAUCGAACGGCGCUGAUGUUCAUGGUAUCUAAAUAUCAAACGCUUGCCGAAGUCGAAGCGAACACGCCACCUGCAUCCACCAAUCUCCAGCUCGUCUUUCAAUCACAUGACCUCAUUGAUGUGGCUUCGACACUCAUCCUAUCCAUGUUCCGACCUUACUUUGUUCACGCGGUACAAGCGCCUGAUCCCGCGAAAUCUGUGUAUGCCGAAGCAUAUCUCGCUGUUAUCGAGCGGAGUAGCAUGCUUAUUGCCAAUCUGCGGUCUCUCCAUUCCAUCUUCCCACUUAUAUCCACUCGACAUUGGUUCUUUUGGAAUCACGCGUUUGCCGGUGCUGUCACCAUUGCUACCAUCUGCAUUGCCAAUCCAGGGAGCCCGUUGGUUGACCAGGCCAUGCGGGACCUCAAUUCUAUCAUCUCACUCUACACGAAUGUCCAAUCAGGAGUACCUCAAUCAUUGCUCAAACGCAAUCUCCAAUGGCUAUUGGAGCUGAGAGCAAAGGGCCUUGAAAAUAUCGAAGCGUUCAGGGCUGGGCAACCCUCAGAGACCAUUUCGCCCGCCGCGACAUCGGAGGAAACGGCCGAACAUUUAUUACUCGUUGGGUGGAGGAAGAAGCUGGUAGAACUUGGUCAGAGAGAUGCUGCACCCUUCACUGAGAACUGCCAGGAGACCGACUUGUCCGGUGCGACUUUUAACGUGCCCGGUUUUGACUUUUUGCCACAACUCCUUGGCCUUACAGCUGAAGGCUCCCAAUUCACCACUGAAUUCGACAGCAUGGACAUGUUGGAUUUUGGAUUUAUGCCAGAAUAAAUACAUGGCUAUAUGCAUCGGGGUCUAUGUCCUGUACCUUAAGCCUUCAACCGCUGGCCCUUUCCUACUGCCAUCCAUGCUCGUUGGUCUGCUAUCGGGUCACCGCCAAUCAUGUCUGGGGGCAAUGGUUUCCGAGGUUGAGUCAUAUCAAGUGGAAGUCCCCAAACUGUGCCUGUCUGCUUGACAAACACGUCGAAAUCAUCCACCAGCUCCUUUACUUUUUCGGGAUACUGUUCUGCCAAGUCAACGUUCUCCCCAGGAUCCCGAGACAAGUCGUGCAACUCCCAGGUGCCUUUGCCAUGAUCCUUUUUGGUCAUCCAGUUUAUCUUCCACUUUCCUUUUCUGAGAGCGCCUCGGCCAAACAUCUCCCAACCUACUGGUUCUUCACCAUAAAUCGGCGCCUUACAGGCAAGAUGCGACACCCAUGAUUUUCCACGCAUAGGAUAGACCAUAUGACCUCGAUACGGGACUUUUUGCAGUCCCGAAAGUUGAUUUGGAUGCUUGAUGCCCGCGAGGUCGAGUAAUGUUGGCAUGACGUCCAUGCAUGUCGCAAAUGUUUCCGAAAUGCUACCCGGUGGGUGUCCGCGCAAUUUGGGAUAUCUCACGAUAAGAG